AUGCUUGUCAUCUGCUUUUUUUUCAUCUUCUUCAUUGCGCAUGCUUUGGCCCAAGAUAACCGCCGACAGAUAACCUGGGGAUCAGUUGUCUUUACAAGACAUGGUGAGACUGUCCCUCUCGGUGCAGUCGGGGCCCAUGCUCUCACUCCGGUUGGAGCUCAGCAGCUCGUAGGUGCAGGCCGCGCCUUUCGCCAGCGCUAUAUUACUCCCCAUAGGAACCCCAACUUGUCUUUUUUCAAUGUUGACGGGCUUUCCCCCGUCCUGAACAAUGACGAAAUUGAAAUAUCCACCACACCAGAGCCCAAUGUGGUGUCAUCGGCCCAGGCUUUCAUCCAAGGCCUUUAUCCUCCAACUCCGGAACUCGCCUCCUUGCGUGGCCUUUUGAGUUAUGCAACCGACGUCAACGGUCACUUGAUCGACUAUCCUCUCAACGGUUACCAGUACCCUGUCAUUUCGACUUACCGGGCGGAAGAUCCCAUGUCUGCACAUAUCUCCGGCCACAAGAAUUGCCCCCAGCACACCAACGCAGUCCGAGCCUUCGCUGCUUCUAAAGAGUUCCAUGACGUAUUCGAUAGCACCCAAGCCUUCUACUCGAAUAUUUACUCACGCAUACUUUUCGGCGUCUACCCUCGUGACAUGGCCAGUAUCUACCACGCCACUGCUGUCUAUGAGUACCUCCAAUACCAGUACACCUACAAUUCAACUGCUAGAGAUAUUAUUUCUCGCACCGAUGUAGAUACAGCCCGUCAGUAUGCCAACCAAUGGGCACACGCAACCUCUAGCGGCGCCGACGUUCAUUGGUCAAAGGACAGAGUACUUGCUAUUGCAGGUAGAUCCUUAGCUUACGCCAUUAUGCGUUCACUUCAACAAAACGAGAGAAGCAAAGGGUCGUUCAACAAGUUAUCCCUGAUUUUUGGUGGGUAUGAGCCCCUGAUGGCCUUCUUGGAAAUAGUUGUCUCAAAAGCAUAUCGUGAGAGCUUGAGUGGCCUUCCCAACCACGGCGCAUCUGUUAUGAUUGACCUUUUCAGCAUGGCAGAAGAUGGAAUUGCGGAAUUUCCCACUGAUAACUCAAAGCUAAUGGUCCGACUUUUGAUCCGCAAUGGCACUGAUGCAUCCGACCCCGAAUCGCAAUUUAAACAAUACCCGAUGUUUGGAACCAACAAAAAAGAGAUUGCAAUGCCCUACAAAGACUUUGUCGACCAGAUGGUGUUCAACAUGAAAUCUACUUCCGAAUGGUGCCGCUCUUGCAAUGGCCAGGAAAAUUUCUGCUACCAAUACGCAGAGCACAAGUCCACCAAGAAAUGCGACUUCACCACUCUUCCCCCUCUGGACACUGGCGCACUCAUUGGCCUCGGCGCAGUAUCGUUUGCACUUCUAACUCUUGCACUUUCCUGCAUCUUUUGCAUGUGGAGAGGUCAUAGGCACCGACGGAAAUUGCGAUGGAAUCAUGUUGACGACACUGAAAGUAACGCGAAUAUCAUCAGCCCAGGAAGUUCUCGUGAUAUCAGGAUGUCAGCUCCACCAAGCAUUGCUCCUAGCAACAAGAGUAAUACAAGUAGUUACAACGAGGAUAUCGAGAUGCUCUUGAGCCCUGCCUGCCAACCGGUCAAGGUUCGUGAUACCGUCUAA